ACUUACGUUUUCUUAUGUCAACAAUAACUUUAUAAAAAUUUCAAGUUGAAAAAGUUGUCUGCUGAUUUCUCAAAAGAAACAUGGCAAUAAAUUUCAAUAAAAUUCCCAGUGAAAUGGACGAGACGCUUGACACGCCAAACCCCAAGCGUACUGUAUUGGACGAGAUAAACGAAAGACAGCAGUUGCUGCAGCAACACUCAAUAAAUUGCAAAAACAUAGAACCCUUUUAUGAGAAGCCCCAGAGAAAUGGCCUUCGCUAUACUUACAAAUACUUUUGCGUUUGCCCGCGUUAUAAUCCCCCAUAUCCCUGUGAACACACUGGCAAUGUGGUUAUUGAUCGUGACAUUCUCACCAAAGCCGAACAUAUAGCCUAUUUAUCCAGACCAAAUGUAAGGAUUGCCGCUACCCGUAUGCCGCCAAGAUUUUAUCCAAAGAAAUUGAUUCUGCCCAACUGUACGGCACGCAUUAGCAAAUUGGCAGCUCCUGAUAUUAAACACGUCAGGCAUACGCUGAAUCAUUACCAGCAUUUGCUGUCCGAAAGGCAUCGUUCGGCUUUGCAACAGUACAUGGAAGAGAAGCCAACAAUUGAAUACACCAAUAUAGCAACCGCUUUGCAAUGGAUGGAAGAGGAGAGACGUUUAAAGAAAGUAGCCAAGAGAAUGGAGAAAUUGCGUUGUCAGAAAUUAUCACGAAAAAUCAAGCGUAAACAACGUUCACAAAUCAAGAAAAUCAUGUGGGUGCUGUUCGAAGAAAUGAAAGAGUUUCUACUAAACGAUCAAUUUGUUAUGGACGAAGGAUCACCAUUGGUGAAUGUUAUAUGGGAAAACCUAAAGGAAUUUACGGCCGGGGAAUUGUAUUGGAUCAGCAAUCUUAGCGAAUAUCAAAAAGUUUUGGCCUGUAACUUGGCUGUGUGGAUCAACAAAUUUAUAUCAAAUCUUAAUAUCCAUGUGAAUGAAAGGCCACAACAACAUCAGUAUGAGCAGCAAACUCGCAUGGAGAGAUUGGCCCUAGAAAGGCAAACAUUUUUGCCCAUAAGCGAUUAUAUACUAUGUUCCAGUGACUCUGAAGAGAUUUAUUACGAAGAGGGUGAUACCGCUACUGGUUACACCACAACUCAAAAUAUUGCUGAAGAGUAUCGUAUGGAAACUGAGGGACGACAACAAAUGUCUACCGAGCACAGCUUCCAAAAUUAGAAGUUUUCCUUCUUUACUUACCUUUUAUUUGUGACCAUGUGAGACCCUUGAAGAUAUCAUUAUUCAAUUGUUUGGUAUUGUGAUUUUUCAAAAUUUCCACUGGCAUGCAACGAAACAAGAAGUGCAGUAAAUUCUGAUAAAAAUAGAGAUAAAAUUGUUAUUGUUA